GUCCGAAUUGGUUCGUUCUCGUGUAAAAAAAUAAUAUGGCCCGUACUAAGCAGACCGCCCGAAAGUCGACCGGAGGAAAGGCUCCACGGAAGCAGCUGGCCACCAAGAAUGCCCGCAAAUCGGUGCCAACCACUGGUGGGGUGAAGAAGCCCCAUCGCUAUCGUCCCGGGACAGUGGCCCUUCGUGAGAUCCGCCGUUACCAGAAGUCGACCGAGCUGCUCAUCCGCAAGCUCCCCUUCCAGCGACUGGUUCGUGAAAUCGCCCAGGACUUCAAGAGCGAUUUGCGCUUUCAAUCGGCGGCGAUUGGAGCCCUUCAAGAAGCAGCCGAGGCCUAUAUAGUGGGUCUAUUCGAAGACACUAACUUGUGCGCCAUCCACGCCAAGCGUGUAACCAUCAUGCCCAGGGACAUCCAGUUGGCGCGCCGCAUCCGAGGCGAGCGUGGUUAAGAUGAAUCAUCCCGAGGAACAGCAAAAGGAUCAAUCCCUGUCGUCCAUCCCCGAGCCGACCAUUCUGAACUUGCAAACAUUUAUUAUCCUUUUGUUGGUCAAUCGUACCGUUAGAAUGCCGAUG